AUGGCGUAUACGUUCCGUAUACGGCCGUACCGUAUCCGUAUAGGUUUUCGGGUUCAGAAAUACGGCACCGUAUUAUACGAGCCGUAUCCGUAUAAGGGUCGUAUUAUACGGCCCGUAUCCGUAUACGGUACGGUACCGAGCCCUAAGCUUCGAAAGUGGGUAACAAAACAAAAUUCGAUAAAGCAGGAAAAGAUUAUCGAGAGACGAGAUAUUGCUAACCAGAGAGAGUCUAUGUUGUUAGAGAAAUUGAGAGAAAAAGGAUACGGGGAUACGGAUUUUCGGUUCUGUUACGAUUCUCUAGACCUUCAAGCAAAAUGGCGUCGGCUUAUGAGAUAUCCAAGACCUUUCACAGACAGUCUAUGGGACAAAAUUGAGCCCCAGCUGGAUGCACUUAUUGCGGAACGUCGGGCCCUACGCGCGGCAUAUAAGGGGUGGCCGUGCACCUAG